AUGCGCACAACCCUGCGUAGGUCCUGCAACGCAUGCGCAAAAGCGAAGCUAGGCUGUGAUCUCCGAGUUCCGCAGUGCUCUCGAUGCGUCAAGAGGAAGUCUAAGUGCGUUUAUGCAAACUCGCCUCUAAACUCGCCCCUGGACGCAACUGCGUUGUCUGUGGUGCCGCAGGAGAGGGAGAUAAUAUCGCGAACUUCGGAAAACCCGGGAUUGCUGAUAAACCCGGCGACAGCAUCUUUUGAUCCCUUUGACUCAUAUCCAUCGACAAGACUCCCUCGGCUACAUGUUCAACGCCUCAUUCAUCGGUUUCUUUCAAGCAUUGCGUUCCAAUACUACCCCUUGGAUCUCAAUAUAGAGUCAAAUCCUUUCAUUGUUUCGUGGUGGCCUCUUGCCCUUGCUGACCAGGCGCUAUUUCACGUCUCAUUACAGACGGCCUCUCUCUAUGAAGAGCUACAGGCGCAAAAGGGCUUUCCAAUCUCCGACCUUCUGAUGGUGGAUUCAAUCGCUUUGGUGAGAAGGAGGAUUGAAGACUCAUCAUUAGCGUUUCAAGAUGAGACUAUCGACUCUGUGGUGACUUUGGCGGCCAUUGAACAUGGCAAGGGAAAUAUCGAAGCCAGUAAGACGCAUAUCGAUGGGGUCAAAAGAAUGGUUACUUUUCGGGGUGGAAUAAACGAAGUAAAGCGCCGAAGUCCGCUUACAGCGCGAAUGGUCUCAUGGGUAUCUAUGUUGGUCAUGGGAGCUCCUCAAUUCCCAGCCAAGGAUGACUUUGGCCACGGAGAUGGAAUCAGUCCAAUCCCGCAGUGGCAGCUGGUCUCAGCCGACGCAGAAGCCCCGGAUGGGAUCUUUGAUGAUCUAAACAUAAACCCGGCUCUGGGCAGCAUUUUAUCACGUCUAAGGACCAUCUUUCAGGACCCACGCCAUUCAAAUCUCACAAAUACAGCAUUGCACGACCUGACAUGUUAUGUCAUACACAGGCUGCUGCUGCUACCUCCACUCAUAGAUGAAAACCCAAUGCAUUCUGCGGCGUCUGAGUGCCUCCGAUAUGCGGCCGCACUCUAUAUGCUCAUCAUACACGGCACCACGUACUACUCCCACGCUGGCCUAGCACAUAUCUUAAUUUUCCAACUACGGUACAACUUAACGGUCUUGGCUGGAACCAACUAUAUGUAUGAGCCACACAUAAUCUGGGCUCUCUCUGUUGGUAUGGUGUCUACAAUUGGGAGAGAAGGCCAUCAGUGGUUCUUAGAACAAACCAGUACGGUUUCAGAAACUCUCAACUUGACAACUUGGGAGGACGUCCUCAUGCGGCUGCAUAGCAUACUUUGGAUAAGAGUGCCGCAGGAAGAGCUUUUCCGUCAGACAUGGAAGGAAGUAUUUGAGUUUGUUACGAAACGCGGGCAGCAAGUUCCUCUGUUUUCAUCGCAAUCACCCAAUUAA